AUGAUUAUUAGUACUUUGAUGUGUAUCUACCUACAAUUUGUGUUUGGCGUUCAAAGUACUAGAGGAAUAUUUGGGUUGGGGUAUGGAUUUCAACGAGUCUGUUUUUGCCGAUGUGGAGUAACUAAUGGGAAUUCUGGGAAUACGAGGACAGGCCGGGUAUCAGGGGAAUGGUAUAUAAGUCCCCAUGAGUAUCCCUGGCUGGUAGCCAUCAACAUUGGACCACAAGUCAUAGCAGGCUCAUUGAUUUCCGACAGCCAUAUUCUUACAGCUGCAUCUCCCUUGUACGGUUUGACACCUGAUCGCCUUACUGUAACCCUUGGAGCACACGACCGAUGCGCAGUCGGUGGUUCUGCAUUGAAUGUGAGCGUAGAAUCUAUAAUCCUAAGAUCAGGAUAUUCCCCAAAGAGUUUGGAAAAUAAUUUGGCUCUAGUAAAGUUACAACAUGCUGUCGUUUUCAGCCAGUACAUAUCGCCAAUUUGUUUACCCUUUUUAGGCACUAGAUAUAGUGAACAAUUGACUUGGAUAGCUGGAUGGUCACCAAUUAACUUAAGCUGUACUCCACACGUUGCCAUAUUACCCACUCUUCCGACAGCAGCCUGUCUCCAGGAAGCUGGAAAUAACCUAUCAAGAAAUGAUAAAGGAUGUCUUGGGCCGUUAAGUUUUCAAAAUGGAACCUGUAAGAAUGACGUAGGUUCUCCUGUAAUGGUCCGCUGGUCAUCCAACGCAUCACUUCGUUUGGCAGGUGUUCUAACUAAAUCGUCGUGUGACAUCACUACAUCAUCCUUGUACACCAGAGUCGUCGACUAUAUUGGAUGGAUACACGAACAUAUACGACGCGAUUGCCAGUGUAUAUAA